CGAUAGGAAUCCCAGGCAAAUCUUGGAUUUCCAGUUUUUUUCGCUAGUCCUUCGACAACUUCGUCAUUCAUUCCGAGAUUCAGAACUGUGUCCAUCUAUUCGUUGAAAAUAAGGAAAAAUGAUAAAGCAAAAACAUGAUGUCAUUUGAGAUGGGAAAUCGCACGACGAGAUAUUUCGACCAACACCAGAAAAAUGAAAAACUUUGAUUCGACUACGUACCAUGCCGGGCAUGCUGAUUGCUGCACCAGAGCGCACCGAUAAUAGUAGGGGAUUCUCUGGGGACCCAAACUUGGAUUGCAUCUCGUCUUCGACUGCGUCAAUUGAAUCCAAAAUUUCAUCCAUCAAUGGCUUUGGCAGGGACUUGUUCCACUCUUCAUCGAAGCAGUAUCGGUCGCAACAUUCCGUCGUAAUGGUAAAGCCGGGUGGCACGGACAGUCCCAACUCUGACAUUUCGGCAAGAUUAGCUCCCUUUCCGCCCAAGAUUCGCUUGGCGUCUUUUCCAAGAUUGGCGUCAGCUGCUCCCUUCCCAAACGGGGCGAUCGGUGCGUAUUCCAAGCCGAGGUCGGAACCAACUUGAGCUGCACUUGAAACUGUGGCCGUAAAGAGUGCUGAUUUUGACUUGACGACCGCGUUUUGUUGUGACGAAGAGAACGACAACAUUUUUGCAGGGGUAGUUCCCGUCUUUGGUGGAGCAAAUGCAUUGGUGUUGAUACCUGCCGCAAGUAGAAGGACGGCUCUGAGAGCUAGUGAAUUAAUCUUCAUUUUGGAA